GAAUAUAAUCAUCAAGAAACACGGAUCGCUUUCGAAUAGUCGAAGCGGGUCCUGUGAACGUCCAAAUCUUUCCACAAAUAGUUUCAAAGUCCUGACGGAGAACGGUUUCUUUUAGGUAUUGGAGCUGUGUGAUUUUGACCCUGUGCAACCAAGCGGCAAUCAGCACGAACAAAUACAUCAACUGACAACGUCCGUGAGGGUAAGUUAUCAGUUAACAUAGCACGUUACAUCACGUUCGUGUUUGACCUCUCGUGAUAUUGUCAAAAGAAACGAAUCGGGUUCAUUUUUUUAAACAAUGCAGAUAAAAUAUUAAAGAAUAGAUAAAGCACGAAUGGGACUACACGUUUUUUUGUGUGUGUGUGUGCCAUCAAUUUGGUUUACAACUUGGAAAAAGAAAGUUACCGCCAUUGAUAAAGUUUAGACAACGCAACUGCAAAUUGUUUUUCUACGCAAAGUCAAAAUAUCGAAGCAAACUUUACUUUCAGUUGAUUGAAAUGGUGAUGUACCAAUUUGAUUUCGUGCUCUACUUUCUGAUAAAAGUGCCUAAAGGAAAUAAUGAAAUAUCAAAACAAUCAGGUGCGAUCCUUACUGUCAACGUGAAACUACUGUGACGUGAAAGAAGACGAUUACAACAUCGUUUUCUUUGAUCUUGCGUCACUACAAUGUCCGUUUGGACCACCACACAAGCGUAAACUGCGCUCUUUAUUUGCCUGUGCUUGUUUGUACUCAAUCAAAGCAGCAAAUUCAAAAUCCAGCUUCGAAACAAAAGAUCACUGUUCCAGCCUAAAUGCAAGUUAAUAAAACAAGCAAUGGGUAGGCAAGUGCCAUUAAGACCUACGUUAGAUGAAUCAAAUCGCACAACACGCCUAGGAAAUCAAGAGAAUGUAAACGAACCAUUAUGCAAACAAAAGUAAACUUACAGCCAAACGGAUCGAAGCGUCUCGAGUUAACCGAUAUAUUCACGAGAAUCUCGACAUCAUGAGACAUACAAAGAUUUCGCUCUUUGCUCUGUACGAGCUUUCUUUUCACAACAAUAGUUGGAUGGCUGUUGGCAGGGACGGCUGGAACAAAAGAGAAAAUCGAACGUAGCGAGCCGGGUAACAUCCGACAUCUUUUCAUUCGUAACAAUACAGCAAAAGAGCCAGAUUGAAGGCUCUAUUGUUUUCUACUGGGGACAUGUUACAACCUCCCAUUUCCAAUCUAUUUGCAUGUCUCAUUGGCUCUUAGGUCGCUUUUUGGGCUAGCAGACGGGAUUGAAAAGCACGCGAUUGGAGAGGACUGUCUUUGUCAACACGUCUCAACAUGUCAGAUAAAAACAAGUACACCAUCAAAUUUCCUCUGAUCUUCGAUCUACUCUUUCUACUAUCAAUGAGCAAUAGGUGCUGCAACGUGACAUCCCAACAUCUCGGGUCUCCUAAUUCUUCAACGGGCGUGGGAUCUUCCUUCAUCAGACCCGUCAAAACUCGUCACAACGUUUCACUGUUGCUCGAUAAAUUACUGGAUGAUUACAAUCAUCACUUGAGGCCUGACAUAGGAGGACCCCCAACUAUAGUAGAUGUCGACAUUAUGGUGAGGAGUAUGGGACCCGUUUCAGAAGCCGAUAUGACAUUCUCGCUCGACUGUUACUUCCGGCAAACAUGGAGGGACACGCGAUUGGCUCAUCAACAAGUUUCCAAAGCGGACGACCAGCUCUCGCUAAGCGUUUCUAUGUUGGAUCGGAUCUGGAAACCGGACACUUACUUUUACAAUGGCAAAAAUUCGUAUUUGCACACCAUCACUACGCCAAACAAGUUGGUGCGUCUCUUUCCAGACGGGAGAAUCCUCUACUCUUCAAGAUUGACGAUAAAGGCGAGUUGUCCAAUGGAAUUACGCAAAUUUCCAAUGGACGUCCAAUUAUGCCCGUUAAGCAUGGGAAGCUUUGCCUAUACUCAAUCGGAAGCGAUUUACCGCUGGAACAAGGACCGUCAGAUCGUGAUCGCACCAGGCAUGAAAAUGUCCCAGUUCGAUUUAGUGUCAGCGCCCGUUUCCAAUUACAACAUCAGCUUCAAACACGGCAAUCAUUCAAUGAUUUCUGUGCGAUUUCACCUGCAUCGCCAUAUGGGAAGUUUCCUAAUUCAAGUGUACGGACCCUGUAUCCUGCUCGUCGUCCUAUCUUGGGUUUCGUUCUGGCUAAAUCGAGAAGCAACAGCUGAUCGUGUCAGUCUCGGUGUCACUACAGUCUUGACAAUGACUUUCCUGGGAUUAGAAGCCAGAGCAAAUUUACCAAAAGUGACCUAUCCUACGGCUCUGGAUCACUUCAUUUUUUUAUCAUUUGGGUUCAUAUUCGCAACCAUUGUUCAGUUCGCCUUUGUACAUUAUUUCACUAAAUACGGCUUCGGAGAACUCUACUUUUCUGAAAUGGCUAUCGACGACGACGACGAGCAACUGGAUAAUUCUGACGAAGUUUUCCCUGCAGCGCCGCCUACUCCAUCGCCCGUAGUAGCUCGAAAGACUAAACAGGUGCAUCCAAGAGAGGUAUUCAGUGUGGAAAGCCACCUACGCAGUAUUAAAGAAGAAGAGACGGCCGUUGUGCAGAUCCAGCCAGAUGAACGUUCUAAUCCAUCCCAAAGACCGAGAAGGAGAAAUCAAAGUAGGACUCAGCAGUGGGACGGCAAGGCGAUGAAUUCCGUCUCCAAGAUAGAUCAAAUUUCCCGCAUUUUCUUCCCUGCUCUUUUCAUAGCCAUAAAUUUGUUCUACUGGUACACCUACGCCACGCCAGCUUCUGAGUAAAGUUGACUAGUCCAAAAGGUGUCGGAGUACAGUGUGCAUUUUCGAAAACGAAGAGGUAUAUGUAUUCAAGAAGAGGUAAUAAUGUCGUGGACGAUGACCUGACGAUCCCAUCCACAGGAAUAAAUACGCUGGCGAUCGCCAAUUUUGGGCGACCAGGCCAAGCCACGAACAACAUCUUUGUGAAGCUCAUCAGAGUGUCUGCAAUACAAGAAUUUGUUAGUAUCCAAUCGGAGUAAAAUACAAUCGAUUUUAAACUUUA